CUGUGGAGCAGAGACCACUUCCCAGGCAGUGGCCCUGGCCGAAGGAUUCUUCCUGAGUCAGGCAGAGGAGAGAAAGCAGGCAGAGCAGCAGAGACAGGACCUGUUUGCAGAAAUGGGCCCAGAUGCCUCUGAGACCGAAAGAAUUCCAUUGGACACCAGAGAGAGGCUGCUGGGGUCCAGUGUGCUUUGAAGAUGUCGCUGUUCAUUUCACAGAUGAGGAAUGGGCGUUGCUGGAUCCUGACCAGAGAGCUCUGCAUAAGGAAGUCAUGGAGGAGAACCGCAGGAUCGUGGCCUCUCUCAGUGGUGAUAAACUGGGAAGUAAGAACAAAGGAGACCAGGACAAAAUCCACACAGUGGAGAAGCCAUAUAAAUAUUUGGAGUUUGGAGAGCGUUUCAGACAGAGAUUGCAUUCCACUUUCCAUCAAAUAAAUCCCAUGAGGAAGAAACCAUAUCAAUGUUCAGAAUGUGGAAAGAACUUCAAGUGGAAAGAUAGUCUCAUUUCCCAUCAAAGAAUUCACAGUGGGGAGAAACUAUAUCAGUGCUUGGAAUGUGGAAAGAACUUCAUUCACACCUCCCAUCUCACUGCCCAUCAAAGAACUCACAAUGGGGAGAAACCCUACCAGUGCUUGCAAUGUGGAAAGAGGUUCAGCCAAAGGGCCAAUCUAACUUGCCAUGAAAGAAUUCACACAGGGGAGAAACCUUACCAGUGCUUGGAAUGUGGAAGGAGCUUCAAUCAGAGAGCCAAUCUCACUUCCCAUCAAAGAAUGCAUACCGGGGAGAAACCAUAUCAGUGCUUGGAAUGUGGAAAGAGCUUCAUUAAGAGGGCCAAUCUCUAUUCCCAUCAAAGAACUCACAGCGAUCAGAAACCAUAUCAGUGUUUUGAAUGUGGGAAGAGAUUCCGUAAAAACAUCCAUCUCAUGACCCAUCAAAGAAUUCAUACAGGGGAGAAAACAUAUCAGUGUUCAGAGUGUAGAAGGAGCUUCAGAAAAAGCUCCAAUCUCACAGCCCAUCAAAUAAUCCAUACAGGGGAGAAACCACAUCAGUGCAUAGAAUGUGGAAAGAGCUUCUGUAAGAGGUCCAAUCUUAUGGCCCAUCAAAGAAUCCACACUGGGGAGAAACCAUAUCAGUGUUUGAAAUGUGGAAAGAGCUUCACUUGGAAGAAUAGUCUCACUUCCCAUCAAGGAAUUCACAGUGAGAAGAAAAUUUAUCAGUGCUUGAAAUGUGGAAAGAGCUUUAACAGAAGCCAAGCCUUCCAUCAACACCAGAGAAUUCACCAUGGAGAGGAACACCAUCAAUGCCAAGAGUGUGGAAAGAGCUUCAGUCGGAAGGAAAGCUUCAUGGCUCAUAAAAGAAUUCAUUCAGUGGAGAAGCCAUAUCAGUGCUUGGAAUGUAGAAAGAGAUUCAGUGAGAACGUCCAUCUUACAGAUCAUCAGAUGAUUCAUAGAGGGGAGAAACCAUAUCAGUGCUCAGAAUGUACAAGGAGCUUCAGAAAGAGCUCUAAUCUCAAGGCCCAUCAAAGAAUUCACACAGGGGAGAAACCCUAUCAGUGCCUCGAAUGUGGAAAGAGCUUCACCCGGAAGGAAAGUCUCACUGCCCAUCAAAGAACUCACAGCGGGGAGAAACCAUACCAGUGCUUGGAAUGUGGAAAGGGGUACAGUAAGAGGGCAAGUCUCACUUCCCAUCAAAGAAUCCAUACUGGGGAGAAACCACAUGGGUCCUUGGAGUGUGGAAAGAGCUUCAGUCAUAACGCCCAUCUCAUGGGCCAUCAAACAACUCACAGCAGGGAGGAACCAUUGUAAUAACUGUGUACAAAUUUAAUUUUAGGAUGAUUUAAUGAGGAGGAUGAGGACUACAGUAGUAGUAGUAGUAGUAGUAGUAGUAGUAGUAGUAGUAGUAGUGAUCUUAUUUGUACCCUGCCCAUCUGAUUGGGUUGCCACAGCCAUUCUGGGAGGCUUCCAACAUACAGUCAUACCUCGGGUUGAAGUUGCUUCAGGUUGAACAUUUUUGGGUUGCGCUCUGCGUUACUUCCGGGAUUUGCCACUCGCAUAUGUGCAGACAUUCAAAAUGACGUCAUGCACAGACGUGGCGGAUCACGACACGCGCACGUGCAGACGUGGGUUGCGUUCGCUUCAGGAUCCCAUUCACAUCCAGAGGUACCACUGUAUAUAAAA